UGACACCUCCGUACUCAAACCCCGUCCCCUUCUCAACUGUUUGAAACACGCUGUGCUAGCCCUAUCCGCAAGUCAGGGUUUUACUGAGACCCCGGCCUGACCCAGGGGUGGUCAGGCAGUUGACCACGCUUUUUCAGUGAAGUAUAUGCCUACUGCAGGCACUCCUAGCCUGCUUCCUUCACCAUUGUGUUUCCAGCACCUGGUACCUGGUAUGGCUGAGUUUGACAAAGCUGCUGAGGAUGUUAAGCACCUCAAGACCAAACCAGCAGAUGAUGAGAUGUUGUUCAUCUACAGCCACUACAAACAAGCAACUGUGGGUGACAUAAACACAGAACGGCCUGGGCUGUUGGAUCUCAAAGGCAAGGCCAAGUGGGAUGCCUGGAAUCAUCUGAAAGGGACUUCCAAGGAAGACGCCAUGAAAGCUUACAUCAACAAAGUAGAAGAACUAAAGAAAAAAUAUGGAAUAUAACAGACUGGAUUUGGCUGCCAACACUGCAUUUCAUCUAAACCGAUCUAAUGCCUUUCUUUUCUAAUACUGUGGAUGACAUGAAAUAAUGCAAAUAGCCUGUUAGCCUAGGUCCUGAAGACCGCACAGGGCAUGGCUCCAACAGAGUAGGGCCUGCCAUGGUUACUGACCUGCGCUGAGUAGUUUUUAUCCGUAGAUCUAUUAAAAGCACAUUUGUUACUUUAA